AUGCUUGGCUUUCAAGAUUUAGGCUGCUUUUAUGAUUACUUAGAAGAUCGAACGCUUCCUGGCUUGAAAGCCUGUAAUUUGCCAGAGGCUGAAGAAAUGUGCGAUGAAUGUACAUCGGAACAUCCAUACUGCGAAAACACGCAAAGCAUGACUGUUUCCUUUUGUACAGAUUUAUGCCACAGACGAGGCUUUCUCUACUCAGGGUUAGAGGCGGGAAAUCAAUGUUUUUGUGGAAAUAACUUCGAUCCAUUAAAUCCACCGAAUGGUAAACCACCGAAUAACGAUAAUUGUACUGAACCUUGCUCAGGCGAUUCAAGUCAGAUUUGUGGCGGAGAUUUGCAAAUAGUUAUUUACAAAAAUGACUACUUCAUGAACUGUUCAACAUCAAUUGACUUCAGUAAUGGUUCCGUUACUCCGAAACAAGACAUAUAUACUUCUGGAAUAACUGUAAACUUUACAUGCAAUGACGGAUUCUACCAAGUGGGACCUACAAAUUCAUACUGUUGGUAUUCAGGCGAAUUCAGUCAUGUGUCUAAAGAUGCACAACCCAGAUGCAUAAGAGAAUGUGCAGAGUUAAACCACGAUAGCAUUACUGAAGUUAAUCGAACGGUUCAAUACCAAGGAUUUUUCAUUGUUGGAGAUACCAUAACUUACGUAUGUAGUGUAGGUUAUGAGUCAGUUUCUGGUGUUUCAGUUGGUGACGUAAAAUGUACAGAGAAUCGAAUUUGGACAACAAACUUUCCAGUAUGUGAAGGU